GGCCGGGGGUGCAGGCGCGCCGCGGUGCCCUCGGCCGGCGGCAGCGGGCCUGCCCCGUGCUCCUGCGUGCCGCCGCCGUGCCCUCCAGCCCCGUCCCCUCCCGCAGCGCUUCGGCAGCCUCGCGGUGGGGAAGCGCCCUCCAUUUUUGCGCUGUUGCGCCAUACCCCCUUUGGGCGAUGUGCUGGAAUCCCCUUGGAUUCAAAUCCUGUCCUCUCUUGGCCUCUCCGGGCUUCCGGAAGCUAGUAUCGGCAAAAGACUUCACGUAUCGGGGGAAAAAAAACAUGCUUAAGUCAACGUUGUCAGUGUGAUUACUUCCCCUUCCUCAUGUUGCUGUCAGAAAAGGAAUGACAUGGCGCUGUUCAUUCGUCUGCUUGUCUUCACGGGUGCUCACAGAUGUGUUGUGCAGUCUUUUGCUGUGGUUUCUUCCCUGGUGUGAAAGGAGUGAUGUGGGAACCACCUGAUCUGUGUGAAAGAGAAGGAAUAAACCAUCUGAUAAAGGGAAGAAACAAAACACCUGGUAAAUGGAAGCCAUGAAGAUAUCUAAGCGGUUCUUUGCUUUUGGGAUUUUGACAUGCAUAGCUAUGUAUGUUGCAUACAUAAAAUGGCACUUGGACUCCAAACCAAUCUCAGGAGCAACAGAAGGAAUUGAUGAAAGCAGGAGAGACAAAUUGAACCAUCAGGCAGUGACAGCAGAUCUCUCAGUCUUUUAUGGCAUUAUGUUUGAUGCAGGAAGCACUGGAACUCGCGUACAUAUUUUUAAAUUUACACAACAGCCAAAAGAGACUCCCAAGUUAACCCAUGAGACGUUUAAAGCACUGAAGCCAGGUCUGUCUGCAUAUGCUGAUGAUGUUGAAAAGAGCGGCCAGGGAAUAAAAGAGCUCCUGGAAGUAGCAAAGAAUGAAGUUCCAAUGGAGCUGUGGAAGUUCACUCCUCUGGUCCUGAAAGCAACGGCUGGCUUACGGUUGCUGCCAGGAGAAAAGGCUCAGAAGCUGCUGGAUAAGGUGAAGGAGAUUUUUCAGGCUUCCCCCUUCUUUGUGAGAGACAACUGUGUAUCCAUAAUGAAUGGAACUGAUGAAGGUGUUUCAGCCUGGAUUACAAUAAAUUUUUUAACAGGCAGCUUAAAUGAUCCACAGAAGAGAAACGUAGGAAUGCUGGAUUUGGGUGGUGGAUCAACACAGAUCACCUUCCUUCCACGUGCUGAGGCAACUCUCCAGGCAUCACCAGCUGGCCAUACAACUUCAUUUCAGAUGUUCAACAGCACCUAUAAGCUGUAUUCAUACAGUUACCUGGGACUCGGGCUGAUGUCAGCAAGGCUCGCAAUUUUAGGAGGAGUUGAGGGAAAACCCUUAGGGGAAGGUGAGGAGCUGAUCAGCCCUUGUUUAUCACCUGAUUUCAAAACUGAGUGGGAACAUGCUGAGAUAGUGUACCAAAUUAAAGGACAGAAGGCAGGUGAACCUCUGUAUGAGUCUUGUUCUAAGAAAGUGGCAAAGAUGCUCUACAAAAAAGUGCAUAAAACCGAGGAAGUGAAGACUUUGGAUUUUUAUGCUUUCUCCUAUUACUAUGACUGUGCGGCAGAGGUUGGUCUCAUAGAUAAAGAAAAGGGAGGAAGCCUAACUGUCAAUGACUUUGAAAUUGCAGCUAAAUAUGUUUGUAAGACCAUGGAAAUCAGCCCAGGGAGCAGCCCUUUUCUCUGCAUGGACCUCACAUACAUCACCUGGCUUCUGCAAGAACUAGGCUUUGUGAAGAGCCAAGUUUUAAAGCUUGCCCGGAAAAUUGACAACAUUGAAACGAGCUGGGCUCUGGGAGCCACUUUUCAUUACAUUGACUCACUGAAAAGACUGCAGUAUUAAAGCUCCUUGAAGGUGACUUGAGAAUCUCAGCUUUUGGAAACCGAACACAGGAGGAUCUGGUAAAGGGCCUGCUUUGACUUCCUGAGUUCUUUGGGAGGUUAUCGUAAGCUAGAACCCUUUCCUUUUCGCCCCCCCCCACCACCAAGUCCCCUUCUUCACUAGCUCUUUCUUACAGUGAAGAGUGUGGUGUCUAAAGAAUAAGCCUUGAUUGUACAGCAUCUGCAGUCAACUUGAUGUAAACUCAGAUCAUCUUUGCAGGAAAACUAGGACUCUCUGCAAGACAUCUAUGAUCUCUAUGAGAAAAAAUGCAUCUUUAUGGACUACGCCUGUAAUAUUUGCUUGUGAUGUGCAGAAGUUGGUGUAGGAAGUGGUCACUUUUGAUGGAACUCUGGAACUCUUGACCGACCCAAUUUCAUUUCAGGGUGUUUCUCUUCUUUUUGUCAGCACUUUGCAGUGAUGAUUGCUUUUAUUUUACUACUUCUGUUGUUUGAAGAUGAAUUUAGGCGUGCAUGUGAAGACAGUGCAUUGACACAGAUGUGUGGCGGAAAUGCAAUGUGGAAGCCUCAGCUCUGCUUUUCACUUGCUGAACUAGCAAUGCUCAGGAGCCAGAGUGUGGGUACACACUCGCAGGCGUGCAUCAGAGCCAAUCAGCCGUGGAUCAUAAAAGCAUUUGAGGCUCUGGCUGUUGGGAUGUGGAUGAUGGAAGACAACAGCAGAUUUGCUGGAUCUCAAAGAGACAAAAAGCCUGGGAGUUUGGUAUGGGGCUAAGCAGGGCGUUGGCAAUGCUGGAUCAAUGCAAGAUCCGUGAACAAGAUGCAGCCACCAAAAUAAACCCUAAUCGCAGCUUA